CUGCGGAGUCAGGAUGAUCUGUUUAAACACCUCCAUCUCCAUGCGCAGUGAGCGGUGAGUGGACAGCCCGCCUUCUCGCCGUUCGGACGGUUCACAGACGCCAGCUGCCAUGCGGAGCCCGCUCCUAGCAUCCCUGCUCGUCUUAUUCCCGUUCUUUGAUGGAUCCACGUGUUUCGUGUGUCCGAGGAUCUGCCGGUGUUCCUCCGAGACGAUCAGAUGCAGGGUCACAGCAGACGCGGAGAAGGAUCAGGGGAACAAAAGACUGUUUCUUUAUCAUCUUUCUUUUAAAACUAUAUCAAGCCAUUCUUUUGAGGAUUUGAGAGGAGUUCAGAGGAUUGAGAUUGCUCAAAGUGUAACCCUGGAAACCAUCGAGGCAUUAGCGUUUAACAACCUUCUCAACCUCUCUGAGAUUUCAAUCCAGAACGCCAGGAGUCUGAUGCACAUCCACAGAAGAGCCUUCAACAACCUUCCCAAUCUUCACUACCUGAGCAUCUCAAACACCGGGAUAACGCUCUUCCCUGAUGUCACGUGGGUCAGCUCUCUCAAAUCAGAGUUUAUUCUGGAAAUAUGCGACAACCUUCAUCUGCUUGAGGUGCCUCCAAACGCUUUCACCAGGAUGACUGAGGGACAUGUUACAUUGAACUUCUACAACAAUGGUAUCAGAGUUAUACACAAUCAUGCCUUCAAUGGGACAAAGAUAGAUAAGCUGGUCCUGAAGAAUAAUCGAAAUCUUGAAGUGAUCCACAGAGAAGCUUUCCGAGGGGCCACAGGUCCUGGGGUCCUGGACGUUUCGGCAACAGCUCUCACAAAGCUGCCCGCUCACGGCCUGGAGUCGGUCCUGAUGCUGUCCGCGCAGUCGGCGUACGGUUUGAAAAGCUUGCCUCCCCUGAAGGGACUGGGCAGCCUCCGAGAGGCCCACCUCACCUACAACAGCCACUGCUGUGCUCUUCUGAGCUGGAGCACUCUCAGGGACUUCUCGGUUAAUCACCCAUGGGAUAAUAUUUCUACAUCGUGCAAAAAAGGGAAUCCAUCAGCAAGAUUUCAGAGUGCCAUUGGAGGCACAGCAGGCACACCUCGGCUUCCGGGCUCGUCCUUUUUUCCCGAAGCUGACCUACAGGAUGACACCUUCCAAGAUCUGGAUUUCCACUACCCUGAGCUGGACUCCUGCCACUCCCACCCAAUAAUCUGCACGCCUGAAGAAGAUGCUUUCAACCCCUGUGAGGACCUCUCCGGUUUUGCCUUUCUCAGAGUCGCUAUUUGGUUCAUCAACAUACUGGCUGUCACGGGCAACCUGAUGGUGCUUCUGGUCUUCUUUACCAGCCGCAACAAACUGACCGUGCCUCGCUUCCUCAUGUGCCACCUGGCUUUUGCCGACCUCUGCAUCGGCGUCUACCUUCUGGUUAUAGCCACCGUAGACCUGCGGACCCGCGGUCACUACAGCCAGCACGCCAUCGAGUGGCAGACCGGUCCCGGCUGUAGUGCCGCCGGCUUCCUGUCCGUGUUCGGCGGCGAGCUGUCGGUCUACACGCUUUCCACCAUCACCCUGGAGCGCUGGCACACCAUCACCAACGCUCUGCACGUGGAGCGGCACCUGGUCCUGGCACAGGCUGCAGGCAUAAUGGCAGCUGGUUGGUUCCUGUGUCUGGGGAUGGGGCUGCUGCCCCUGGUGGGCGUGAGCAGCUACACCAAAGUCAGCAUGUGCUUACCCAUGGACAUCGAGACGCCCCUGGCUCAGGCCUUCAUCAUCAUCAUCCUGCUCCUCAAUGUGGGGGCCUUCGCUGUCGUCUGCGUUUGUUAUGUGCUCAUUUACUUGGCUGUGAAGAACCCCGCGGUCCCCGAAAGGAGCGCCGACACCAGGAUAGCAAAGCGCAUGGCCGUGCUCAUCUUCACCGACUUCCUCUGCAUGGCGCCCAUCUCCUUCUUCGCCAUUUCCGCCGCCUUCAAGGUCCCCCUCAUUACGGUCACCAACUCCAAGAUUUUGUUGGUCCUCUUCUUCCCCAUCAACUCCUGCGCCAACCCCUUCCUCUACGCUAUCUUCACCAAGGCCUUCAGGAAGGACGCCUAUCAGCUCAUGAGCGCCAUGGGAUGCCGCAAAAGCAAGGCCAGCGUUUAUCACUUGAAGGCCUGCAGCUCGGAAAAUGCAGACAAGAGCAACCUGAGGUCCAAUAAUACAGGAGGCCAGACUGGGGUAAACCUGGCUCCCCUGUGUCAUCGGGAUCUGCAGCCUAAAGAGGAGCAGGAGAUAACAUGAAGACAGAAAGGGGGCAACGCACUUGUACCCCUCUGCGUUGUUGAACAUGUACUAUUAUUUUUUUUAUGGAAGAGCUCUUGCAAACGCCAACAUUUUAAAUAAGCAGGUGUUUUUGUAGAUACAGUUUACUAUUAAAGACGUGAAUGCAAUCCUCUGACACACGACGCAUCUCUUCAUGUCCAGAUAACACAGAAAAUGUGAUCAGCUGCAUCAUAUUGCAAAGCCUUGCUAAUUUUGUCACGUUUAAACUUCAAACUUUAAUGCAUCAUGGGUAUUUCUUUUGAUAGACCUACACAGAUAAGUAAAUAAUUGUUUGUUUUUUUUAAAUAGUUUUCCAAAUAAAAAUCUGAAGAU